AUGGGUGAAAUCGAUUUGAACGCAUCCCGGGUUACGACAGUGACCGUGUGUUAUUCCAUUCCGAUUCCGAUCAUGAUAAUAUGUACCGGGCUACGACUUUUCGUAAAACUACGACCCUCGUCUAAAAAUGUUAUCGCUUUUGAUGAUAUGAUGAUCAUCUUCGCUACAUCAAUAUCCGUUGGUCUGUGCAUAAGUGGCUUAGUAUAUGGUCCACCUUAUGGCUUUGGUCGGCACGCAGCUGCGCUCUCUACCCAAGACAUUGAAGAUUUUUUACGGGGUGAUUAUGUUUUUAGUCAUUUCUACGACUGGGCUAUCGCAAGCAUCAAGCUAGCGAUCCUUUCUCUAUACUAUCGCAUCUUUAGCACUGUCGUCUUCCGCCGAGUGGUGAUUGGCACCGCUAUCUUCGUCGUGCUUUGGCUCGCGGCCAUGGAAAUUGGUCUCGGACUACAAUGCAUCCCCGUUCAAAAGGCCUGGGAUGCAAGUAUAAAGGGUACUUGUCUCAAUCUGGUGGCUUUUUCAUACUUCACCAAUAUCACCAAUUUGAUCACCGACAUAUGGGUAUUCUUGCUCCCACUACCGAUCAUAUUCAAACUACAUGUUACGCGACGGCGGAAGUUCGAGCUUGCAGGAGUUUUUGCCAUCGGUCUAUUCACAUGUGGUGUAACUCUUGCCCGUUUAACAGUCGUCGUCUCCCAAGGAUCGGCAGAUUUUAUGUGGUCCGGAGUUCCUCUUGGAAUUCUGUCGAUAUACGAGCCUCUUUGUGGCAUAAUUUGUGCAAACAUUCCUUUCCUCUACAAGCUGGGAACUACGGCCGUCAAGAGAGUUCUUUCCUAUAGAUCAUCCCAGGCAGGCGAUUCCAAUGCCACCCCACAUGACUCGGAAAGGAAAAGACGGACUGGAAGCAUGCAGAGCGAAUGGCUCGCGCUGUCCAAGGCAGCCAAAACCUAUUCAGCGACUGUCAGUGAGAGUCGGUCGUAUGCCAACCCGGAAUCAAGAUUGUCGGCGGAACGAUCGUGGUCAAUAUCGCAUCCGGAGGCACAAGAGAUAGAGGAUUGUUGA